UUCUUUUUGUUAAAUUCUGCUAUAAUAUUAGUGAUAAUAACUUUGUAUGCACGUUAUAUUACUACAGCAAAAACUGUCAAAAAAUAAGAAUGAGACCGAAAGUGAUUAUAACUUUAGUUACAUCGAACAUUCUUUUCUCUCUUCAGUGCAACUUAUCGUAAUUACGAUCACUUUCAUUUAAAUUUCCCGAGGGUGGAUCUCACUUUCGGAGGAAAGACCGACGGCGUUUCGUCGACGGAGUCCUCGCGUGUGACGAGCGCGUGUAGGAUGAAGAAGUGCCGAUAAAGUGUAAUUAUUGCGCGGGCGCGGGUCAAUAGUCCGCCACGUUGCUUGGCGACGGUAUUCCUACUCUGAGCCUCCGGAACAACCGGCGCGAAGCUCCUCUUCCUUCUCCGACUGCUCCAGACUCCGGACAGAGACUGGCCAGUCUACUGCACGACGCCACGAAGAAGAACGCGAAGACGACGAGAUCGUAUCUUCCAACUGCUGCGGCAGACUCCUCACGUCGCCGUCGUUAUCGUCGUCGCCGUCGACUCCUUUCGCGCGGGGAGCCAGCUAAAAACUGAGAGCAGUGAUAUGUGGCGAGAGAAAGACGAGUCGACGAAAAGCGCGCCCACGUCGACGGACGAUGAAUCGCACGUGGCAAAUUGCGCGAGGAUCGCGUCUGGGUUCUGGUCAUUGUGGUUACUAUCGUUCAACGACAACUUCGAGAAACUCUGCGGCUGCAAAGUGAGCGAUGUGUUGAGCUUCGAGAAGUUCACACAGCUCCUUUAUCGUCCGACCGAUCCGGCCAGUCUGGGAGUGGCUAGAGCUCUAUUCGGACUGUGCAUGGUGAUAGACGUCGUUGAGGAGAGAGGGUUUUCGAACAUCGACAUCAAAUGGGGCGACCCAUGGGAAUGUCACUUUCCGUUGAUCCAUGGGAUGGGGCCACCGUCGCUGCCGUGGAUGAUAAUGUUGUACACUGUGAUGUGGAUAGGUGCCUUCGGGAUCGCUCUCGGUCUGCGCUUCAAGCUCGCUUGCGCCUGCUUCGCUCUGCCUUAUUGGUACAUUUUUCUGUUAGACAAGAGCUACUGGAACAAUCAUACCUAUCUGUAUGGCAUCGUGGCGAUUUUAUUCUGGGGCACAGGGGCGGAUAAAUAUUUCGCAUUGGAUGCGAACAAGGCGAGACACCACGACGACUCCGUACCAUAUUGGAAUUACUUCAUCCUGAAAUUUCAAUUUUUCCUGCUUUACUUCUUGGCCGGCCUGAAAAAGUCCAGCCGAGAAUGGCUCGAAGGCUACGCCAUGACGAAUCUAUCUAGACACUGGGUCUUCUAUCCUUUCCAUUUCUUUCUGACUACUGAGCAGACGGACUACCUAAUUGUCCACUGGUUCGCCUUCAUCUUCGACUUAACCGUCGGUUUUUGGAUGCUGCUCGAGAAGACACGAAUACCAGCCAUGGUACUUUGCACAGCUUUUCACUUAAUGAACACGAGGCUAUUUAGUAUAGGAAUGUUCCCGUAUGUGUGUCUGGCGACGAUGCCGCUAUUUUGCCGCGUUGACUGGCCACGUAAAUUAGGUCAUUACUUCAACUGGAGACGAAGAGUCUCCGCUGCUGAUGUCAAACCAAUCGACGAGAAUCGCGCGAAAGCAAUUGACGAUCAAAGGAAAGAUUCCACGAGGUUUGAACGUUGCGCGUCCUCUUCGAAUGAGAUCUUGGACAACGAAACGACACAUGAAGGAAAAGAAGAAGUGAACCGUGAUUAUUUUACUGGACCGAAAUCUGAAGAAAAAAUCAACAAGGGUGACGACGACACGCAAUUACCUGAAAAUUCGAUUGAGUCCGGUAAAGAAGAGGACGUGAACGUUCGCGAAAAAAUUCCAAGAGCUCAGCGAGCAACAAAAGUUACGAAGAAACAGAAGCUCGUGGUGUCUAUAUUGCUGUGUCAUAUCGCACUGCAAUUCUUCCUGCCGUAUUCGCAUUUUAUAUCAAAGGGUUACAACAACUGGGUGCCAGGACUAUAUGGCUACUCUUGGGACAUGAUGGUACACGCGUGGGACACCGUACUCGUGGUGAUCAAGGUGCACGACAACGUGAACAACAAGAUCCGAUACUUGGAUCCUGAAGCGUGGGUACAGAGCAACCGAUGGGUAAGACACGCGGACAUGGCGAUGCAGUAUUCGCAAUGCAUGAAGGAUAAUCUGAUGCGCCGGAAGAAGGAAGCGUUGAGCGACAAUCGGCAAUCCGAGGAGAUGCAGAUGUGGAUAAAGCUGUCCGCGAAUUUGAGCAUCUAUAUAGACGUGUGGUGCUCGUUAAACGGCAGAUUUCAACAGAGAGUGUUCGACCCGCGCGUCGACAUGCUGACAGUCGACUGGCAUCCCUUCAAGCCGGUUUCGUUCCUAAUGCCAUUACUUACGCAGUACAACUCAUAUCGGUACGAAAUGGAGAAGAUCUUGAAGCACGUAUACACCUGGUCGAAUUACACGGACGUGCUGUUCGUGGCCGAUUUUCCGGGCAUGCAUCUGGAGAACUACAUAUCCACAGACUUUACGAACGUCUCUUUGGCAGUGCUGGAGGGCGAAGUGACUUACAUCGACGAGAAAUCGCCAGACUCGACCACCGUACUGAAGGGUAGAUCGAUACCAGUAAAAACGGGAAUGUUUCACCGAGUAAAGACGACGAGCUCAUGUCCAGCGUGUUACAUGUACACCUACACCAAUCAGACACAACAAUUGAAUAACGAAAGAAGAACGUCUACUCCGAUACAAACAAACGACACGCAGCCACUAUUGAAGGAAGUUAAUUACAAAAUCACUACAUGGACAAGAACGCUCUCUCACAUAACGAAUGCCUUCUUUCAUUUAGUAUACGACGUUCCUAUGGUACGACGAGUGCGCGUCAGCAAAUAAUACGAGUCAUUUGAAUCUCUUAAUUGAUCAAUUGAAGAAAGAAGCUGGAAAUCGCCUAUCAACAUCUCAUCGGCGCGCUUGUUAGUUUCAUUGAAUAUCUUUUCGAAACUUUCUUUUGCUUUUUAGAAUUAACGUAAGUCAGACUCGACUAUACCGAAGGGCUUGACAAUGUGAUGUUUUUGAAAAAUGAAAGUUGCCUUCAUGUAAAUUUAUACAUGUUUUAUAAAGUAUCGUUCGAAAAAGAGACAGAAAUAUUAGAAUAAACCGUAAAAUAUUUCUCAAGCGACUAACACAGUUAUUUUUUAAAUAGUCGUAAAAAUAUAUGCAGAUAUAAAAGAAUACGUAUAUAAAGGAUACAUAACAUUGUUAUCAUGAACAAACAAUAGUAUGGUUAUUUUUAUUAUUUUUCUAGCUUACGAUGCAACCGUAUGAUAUGUAAAAUCUAGUGAUUCACAUGAUUCUUGUCGUGAAUCAUGAUGUGAUAAUCUAUCGUAACUUAUGAAUCCUAAGGAAGAACUGCUAAUUUGUUAUAGAAUUAAUUUUAAUAUAUGAUUUAAUAUGUCAGUAUACAAAAAUAAA